AUGAUUAGCACUGGUAAAUAUGACCAGGAAGAACGCGGUUACGUCGAUAUUCAAGAUCAUGCACUAAUUGGGAACAUGCGCACGGCUGCGCUGAUUUCAAUCGAUGGUUCGGUUGAAUCAUACUGUGUUCCGAACUUUGAUUCUCCUUCGGUGUUUGCGCGCAUUCUCGACAAAGACAAGGGUGGUCACUUCUCCAUCAAGCCCAAAAUUAAACACUCGUCAAAACAAGCAUAUCUUCCAGCUCCAACGUUCCUUGCUGAUGAGGGCGUAGCCCAAGUCACUGAUUUCUUACCUCGGCAGACUGGUACUGGCAUUGCCGCCAACAAACCAUUGUUGUUCUGGCUCAUCCGCAGGGUUGAGGUUAUUCGUGGGCGCGUGCCCAUCCGAAUGGAGUGCUGCCCUGCAUUUAACUAUGCACGGGACGCUCAUGAGACACAGUUCGUAAAUGACGACUCCCAUGAGGGUGCGACUUCGCAAGAAAAGGUUAUAUUCCGUUCGCGUGACCUUACAUUGGAUCUGCGCUACGUCGUUGAUACUAUUCCGGAUAUCGAUGUUGCCAAGCCUCAGGUGACGAUUCGUCCUUUGGACUUGAGGUCAAAGGGCCACCAGGGCGUGGGCGCAAGUGUUGACUUGGACAUGGAAGAGGGCCAAGUAAUCACCUUCAUCCUACGCACGCCUCCAGAGAAUAAGGGCAGUUCAACCAAGCCUACAAAAGAACAAGCCGAGGCGCUCGGUGUACCAAUCGAAGUUCUCAUUCAAGGAGCAACCAAACUCCGUGCCAAAGACGACCCUCUCCUGACUCCUAAUUGGAUCUCUAAAUCAACUUACCGUGGCUCAUGGCGCGAAGCCGUCCAUCGUUCGGCUCUAGCCCUCAAGCUACUUAUCUUCGAACCCACGGGCGCCAUCGUGGCCAGUCCUACUUUCUCAUUGCCGGAGCAUAUUGGUGGAACUCGUAAUUGGGAUUAUCGAUUUUCGUGGAUUCGCGAUUCAAGCUUUACGCUCUACGCUCUGAUCAGGUUGGGCUUUACGGAAGAAGCAAAUGCAUACAUGGACUUUAUUUUCAAGAGGUUACAGCAAAGGAACCCAGAUGGAUCACUCAAUAUUAUGCAAGUUUCUCCCUCUGGCUUCUGGUUCCUACCAGCUCGGUACUCGAUCCAUGGCACUACCGAUCUGGAGGAAAUCGAACUUGAUCAUUUGGACGGACAUAAAGGCUCCAAGCCUGUACGAAUUGGUAAUGGUGCAUCAACUCACUUGCAACUUGACAUCUAUGGCGAACUGCUUGACUGCAUAUACCUCGGCCAAAAGUUCGGAAAGCCGCUGAGUUGGGAGGUUUGGAAGUCGGUGCGCGAACUAGUCGAUUACGCAGUUGCAAACUGCGACCGAAAGGACUUGAACUCUACGCCUCCGCGUACACAUGGAACCUUAAAGGAUUGUCGUCUAGAUUAUGUUAUGGGUAGCGAUGGAUCGUGGAUUACGACUGGCAGGCAGGUUCAACGAAACAUCGAUUUUAAUUACCAUAUUCACAUGUUUAGUGCCAUUUUAGACAAGCGAUCCUACCAUGCCCCAAUCGACAGAAGUGGAUGGAGACGCGUGAUAGGCUGCGGUAGCUACGAGGAGAUCAUGGAGCGUGCUUGGAACCCCGAGCUGGAGUUCUUUGCUCAAUCCUAUGAGGACUUGGAUGUGCUAGACUCGGCCGUUCUAGUUAUGCCUCUUGUAUUCUUUAUCAACGCCUCUGAUGAUCGGUUUGUCAACACGCUGAAGCAGAUUCUCAAAUCUCCUGAACGAGGUGGUUUGGUAACUAACAACCUCGUUUUCCGGUACGAUACGGUUAAAUCAGAUGACGGAGUGGGCGGUGAAGAAGGAGCGUUCUCCCUUUGCACACUUUGGGCUGUCGAGGCUCUCACACGCGUUGGAGCGUACGAUAAGAAGAUGCUGCAGCGUGCGGUAUCGAUGUUCGAAGAUUUCUUAGGGUACGGAAAUCAUUGUGGUUUAUGGUCAGAAGAAAUCAGCGCUGCUGGUGAAGGUUGGGUAAUGCGGUACAAGCACGUUACUCUGAUCUCUGCGGCAUAUAACCUAUCUCGUACUCUUGGUCAACUCCAUUAG